AUGGUCAAAUUCACCGUCCAAGCCGCCGCCCUCGCCAUCAUUGGCGCCUCCGUCGCCCAAGGCUGCACUAUUCCCAAGGGCAAUGCCGCCACUAUUGACCUCAUCGCCGAGUUUGAAGGCUGGCGCCCGGACAUCUACCUCGACCCCGUAGGCAAAGAAACAGUCGGAUAUGGCCAUCUCUGCCAGCGGCCUCGCUGCGCAGAGGUUCCCUACCCCAUUCCGCUGUCCGUCGAGAACGGCAAGGCGCUCCUGAGCACCGACAUGGCGGGCGCCGAGAACUGCAUGACCAUGGCGACGGGUCAAAACGUCGUCCUCAAUGCCAACCAGUACGGCGCCCUCGUCAGCUGGGCCUUCAACGUGGGCUGCGGCAACGUGCGGUCGUCGGACCUCAUCAAGGGGCUCAACCGGGGCGACGAUGCCAACACCAUUGUCUCGCAGGAGCUGCCUCUCUGGAAUAGGGGUGGCGGCGUGGUUCUUCCGGGCUUGGUGCGUCGCCGCGCCGCCGAGUUGGCCUUGUUUAAGACGGCUACUGGAGAUGGUGCUCUGCCUGCGCCGGGGUGCUAA